GUCAAGUAAAAAUAUUAGAUCGCACUGCUAAUAAUAAUAAUUCAUUUAACCGCACUACUCAAAAUAACAAUACUACUAUUAAUAAUUCAAACCGCUCCCGCCAUACAGUCCAUUCGUUCGUAACUCGCAAUAAUAAUAAUAUCGACAACCGCUCUGUAUGUUCGAUGUGUAAUACGUCUGAACACUUUCAGCUUUAUACUUGCCCCGCAUUCAAAUCUUUGUCACCGAAAAAUCGCCUUGAAUUUAUUAAAUCGAAAGUAGGGUGUGUAAACUGCCUUAGCUUGACACAUUCCGUGUCAAAAUGUAAUUCGAAGUAUAAAUGUAGACAAUGUGGUAAAAGUCAUCAUUCUUUGUUGCAUUUAGAUUCAUCCUCAAAUAAAAACUCACCUUCUGCGUCAUUUCGAGAUUCGUUCACCAAGGCAAUCAUACAAGACAGCGCUGUUUCGGCUGAAACUGGUACAGAGAAUUGCGCCUCCACCUCCGCGGCAUCAAUGCCCGUUAUUAGCAAAGAUCGCGAGCACGUAUCGCUCUGCGCUCGCUCACCUGACCUAACGAAUGUUCUUCCCUGUACCACGUUAACUUGUCAUAACCGUACUGAAGUGGUUCUUUCUACCGCCAGUAUUUACGCGUAUAAUAAUGAAAAGAAUAUAAAAGAAACUGUUCGAUGUCUUAUUGAUAAUGCUUCACAGAACAAUUUGAUUACUCUAAACUGUUGCAAAAAACUUAAUUUGAAAAUUAUUCCGCUGUCAAAUUCGACUUUAAAGGGUGUUGGUUUGACUUCCCGGCCGGUUAUAGGGUACGCUCAUUUUACUAUUUCUGCAAAAAAUAAUAAACAUACUUUUAACUUAACCGCAUUAGUCAUAGAUUGUAUUACCGAUCGUCUUCCUAUAGAUUAUAUUGACACAUCUAUUGUUAGGCAUCUGGUAAACAUACCGCUUGCAGAUCCAUUCUGGCAUAUUCCUGGUGAAAUCGAAAUUGUCCUAGGAGCAAAGUUAUUCCCAUUCUUACUUCUUAGUGGAAAAGUCAUUGCACCGCCAGCUCCGCCCGCUAUUGAAACUGUUUUCGGAUUUGUUUUCAUGGGUGACGCCGCUGCUAAUACCGCUUCGUCAGUCAUUGGCGAUAUAACCGCAAUUCCGUCUUCAUCUACCGCUUCAUUUCUUACUUGUUUUGAAAAAGGUAUAGAAGCCUCUCUUUCUAAAUUCUGGGAAUUAGAGGAAGUUCCUGUGAAUAAAUUUCUUAGUCGUACUGAUGAAGAAUGUGAACAAAUAUACUCUUCUACAGUCUCUCGCAACUCAUCUGGUCGCUAUUGCACCGUGUUACCAUUUGCUAAGGAUCCCAGUAGCUUAGGGAACUCGUACACUGUUGCUCAUCGCCGUUUAUUGGCACUGGAACGCAGACUUAGCGACACAGAUUUACGUGUGAGCUAUAACGCCGCUAUCAUGGAUUACAUAAAUAACAAAUACUUAGAUCCAGUGUUACCAUCGGACGAGUCUGAUGGAGGUUAUAUAAUUCCUCACCACCCAGUUGUCAGAUUGGACAAACAGACUACUAAAGUCAGGGUUGUUUUGGACGCAAGUGCUCAAUGUCAUAAUGGUGUAUCUCUCAAUGAUAUUUUACACACUGGACCCAAUCUUCAAGCUGAUUUAUUUUUAUUAUUACUUAAUUUUCGUUUAUUUCCAGUAGCUUUAACUGCAGAUAUAAGGCAGAUGUAUCUUCAGAUACUUGUAACUGAGGAACAUCAAAAAUAUCAAAAAAUACUCUUUCGAUUUGACCCUUCUGAACCGAUUCGUAUGUUCAAGUUCAACAGAGUGACGUUUGGACUUAGGUCGAGCCCAUUUGUUGCAAUGCGCACAGUACGUCAACUUUGUAAUGAUGAACGUUCUAAUUUUCCUGUAGCAGCAGCUAUAGCUGAAAAGGAGCUCUACAUGGAUGAUUUAGCUAGUUCAAUUUUAAAUGAAUCAGAUGCUGUCGAAGCUUCCACGCAGUUGAUUAAAAUGUUUAAAUCAGGUGGUUUUGAUUUAGUUAAAUGGUCGAGUAACUCUAAAAUGGUACUUGAUAAUAUUCCGCUACCGCUAAGACUUUCACAACAAGUAGAAUUUGAUAAAUCCGCUUCUCUUAAAAUAUUAGGGCUGGAAUGGCAGCCGGAGAGUGACACAUUUGUUUUUAAAAUAAAUAACGAUGAUCGCUCUUGUACCAAACGUUCUAUACUUUCUUCAAUCGCCCGCUUAUGGGACGUGUUAGGUUUUGCCGCGCCUGUAAUUGUUUAUGCUAAACUUCUAAUUAAAGAACUUUGGCUUCAGAAGGUUGGAUGGGAUGAAGCACCUCCGACAAAUAUAUCCGCUAUGUUUAUUAAAUUUAGAGAACAAUUGCCACUUCUUGCUAAUUUAAAAAUUCCCCGCCAUCUGGCUGUAGCUCAGGGUUCUAGGGUUAAUAUAGUUGCUUUCGCUGACGCUAGUAUGAAAGCGUAUGGCUGUGUUGUUUUCUUACAUGUUACCGAUCCUACUGGUAACAUAUGUGUCCGCUUGGUUUGUGCAAAGUCAAAGGUUGCGCCAGUCAAAGUAGUUUCACUUGCCCGCUUGGAGCUCUGUGCUGCCGUCAUAAUGUCUAAACUAACCAAAUUGGUCUACGAUACUUAUUCAGCGCGCACGCCUAUAGAUAAUGUUUAUGCUUUUUCAGACUCAAAAAUAGCUCUUUCGUGGAUUCAUUCAUCUCCACAUCGGUGGAAUAUUUUUGUCAGCAAUCGUGUUGCCAAAUGUCACGAGAAUCUAGAGCCUAAAAACUUCUUCCACGUCGCCGGAGUUCAGAAUCCCGCAGACUGUCUGUCGAGAGGUUUAUUACCUGAACAAUUACUUACGCACAAAUUAUGGUGGAACGGUCCUGAAUGGUUAAUUACGCCUGUACUUCAGUGGCCGAUAGAAUCUUUUCAGCCUGAAAAAUGUGAAGACUUGCCAGAAUUUAACAGUAAAACGCUUGUCGCAACCGCUUCUCGUGGUAUAGAAUUGUCUCCUCUUUGUUCUUUAUCGUGCAAAGUUUCUUCAUGGAAUAAACUGUUAAGAAUAAUUGUAUAUAUUUUACGCUUUGUAAGAUUAUUGCCCCGCUCUAAAAGGUUAGAGACCUCUCAUAUAAUUACCGCUGAAAACUAUUUGCUUCGAUCAGUUCAAAUCGCUCAUUUUACACAUGUCAUAAAAGAUUUGAAAAAGGGUAAUAUUCCUUCUGCCCCGCUUAAUAAAUUAGACUUAUUUAUAUCGGAAGAUAAAUUAAUCAGAAUAGGAGGUCGAUUAGCUAAUUCAAACUUACCAUUCGAAGCGAAACAUCCUAUUUUACUUCCUAAACAUGAUAAUGUUACUUACUUGAUUAUAGACUAUUUUCACCGCGUACAUUGUCAUACUGGUGCCGCUCUUCUUAGCUCUUUGAUUCGCCAAAAAUAUUGGAUAAUAUCAUCUCGAUCUGUUAUACGGCAACGAGUACAUAAUUGUAAUUUUUGUUUUAAAAAUUCUCCUUCGCAUCCAACUCCUAAGAUGGCGAAUUUACCCGCAUUUCGUGUUCAAGAGACAGAGGCUUUCGUUCAUACUGGCGUGGAUUACGCUGGGCCUAUUAACAUCACUAUUUGUAGACGUCGUGGUCAGCGAAGUCAAAAGGCAUAUAUUUGCCUAUUUAUUUGUUUAGUGACGAAAGCAGUUCAUAUUGAACUUGCCUCAGAUUUAUCUUCUAUUACAUUUCUUUCUGCGUUUAAGAGAUUUAUAUCCCGUAGGGGUCCAGUUUCUCAUUUAUAUUCCGAUAAUGGAACUAAUUUCGUUGGCGCUAAGUCUCAUUUGAAUGAGCUUUAUAAUUUUUUACUUUCUUCAGAUUAUAAUGAUUUACUCUCAAGCGAGCUUGUAAAUCGCCGCAUAGAAUGGCAUAUGUCUCCUCCCCGCGCUCCGCAUUUUGGAGGAAUUUGGGAGUCAAAUAUAAAAAGUCUGAAGACUCAUUUGUACCGCAUUAUUGGCAAUCAACUACUUACAUAUGAAGAGCUUUUAACAGUAUUAACACAGAUUGAAACAAUAAUGAAUUCACGACCACUCUGCGUAUUACAGGAAGAACCGCAUCUUGAGUCUUUAACUCCCGCGCACUUUAUUAUGGCUUCUCCACUACAGUACUUGCCACUUACACCUGUUUCUUCUACGCCGCUAGUUACACGUAAAUCGCUUCUCGAUCAAAUGAUUCGCUCAUAUUGGAAAAGAUGGCAUUUAGAGUACUUGAAUAAUUUACAGGUUCGUCAGAAAUGGUUGAAAGAUGUAACGAACGUCAAAAUUGGUACUGUAGUGUUGAUACAUGAAGAUAAUGUUCCCCCAUUACGAUGGCCAUUGGGAAUCAUUGAAAAGACUUAUCCAGGUGCAGACGGUACUGUGAGAGUAGCGUUAGUUAAAACUCAAAAUGGUUUUCUUAAAAGACCAAUCGUUAAAUUAAGUCCAUUGCCGUCGCAAUAACAAUACCGCAUUUUCUUAAUAAUUUCUUAUUUUAUGAAUGUUAUUAUAUUAUUUUUUCCGCUUUAGUUAAUAUUAAAAUCCACUACUAUUUACGCUACUCUAUGAGUGAUUUCCUUUUAUUUUUCUUUUGAGAAAGCGAUGUUUCUCAAGGCGCCGGAGGAUGAACGCGCCGCUUUAUUUUACUGUUCCUAUCCCUUUUCAUUCCGCACAAUACGAUAGUGACAGCAUAUGUGGUUUCUUCGGAGCUCGACAACACUCGACGGCUUACGAAUGGAGCCAUAGAACAUUUCAAUUCAAAUUUGAAAAUUAGUGAUUGAAGAAAAAAUAUGGCCGCAAAUUGACCGCUCCGCUCAUAUAAUAAAAAUAGAAAAAGUGCGCAUCUUUGAAACAAGAAGAACCCUGGCCAGGGCCCAAGAAGCCAAUAUACGAGAAAUUAAGGUACGUGUUGUGCACUCCCGCUUCCCGCUUCUUCCUUUCACAAUAUUCUCUUUACCAAAAAUCCAGCGACCUACAUAAUUGUUUUCCGCUAUUCCAUCUACUGUAUGUUAGUAUACAGUUUGUAAUUAUUGAUGUCUAGCUGGAAAUCUAAUAUGAAUGUGAGCAAUAUAUUUUUAUAAUACGCUUCGUUUGUUACUAACCAUACUCGUAUUUUAUGAAGGGGACAGAAAUUUAAAAAAAGAUGUAAAUAAAAGUUGAAACACUCCACGAAAUAAUGAAUAUAAGCCUAAUACAUACUCAUGCAUUAUGUAUCAGAAUACAAUGACAACAUACUUUAUUUACUUUACUUAUUUUUUUACACUAACAGUACUUAUUUAUUUACAUUUACUUUAUUUAUUUACACUCCAGCACUCCAAAAAUGACUGAAUAUUUAAAUUGGUAGGUAAAUUUAAGUUUUUUGAAGAUCUGGAUGCUAACUGCAUAGACUAGGAUUUAUUGCAGAGGAGUAAACCCAGCGAUUUAUACAAAGUAGCUGAAGAAGAUAAAAAUUGUAAAGUCUUGUUCAAGUUAGAGGCAGGCAGUCCAGAGUCGUUUUUAUAAGCAUUUGCCCUCUAAAGUCCUCAUAAAUCUAAGGCUUUUAAUUCCGAAGUGAUUGCACGCCGCGUGUGGGUGUAGUGUAGGGACAAUGAUUUCUGUGCGCGCGCGCAGGUGUGCCUGAGACUGGACGGCGCCGGCGCACAUUCCUGCGCUGGUCACGGCGCCGCGUACUUGAUGACUGGACACGCAAAGGCGGAAGACUUUAGAGACAAAUAAUAUUGAGAGUUCUAUGCUUUGAAACUUACAAAAUAAAAUAAAUUAUGUAGUUAAGAGAUACCCUUAUAAUAAUAGUUGUACCGAUAAGAUUAUAUAAUAUUAUUGAUUGACGGCCUCUGUGGCGCAGCGGUAGUACGCUUAUCUGUGACACCGGAGGUCCUGGGUUCGAAUCCCGGCCAGGACAUGAUGAGAAAAGAACUUUUUUCUGAUUGGCCUGGGUCUUUGAUGUUUAUCUAUAUACAUAAGUAUUCAUUAUAAAAUACUUAAGUAUCGUUGAGUUAGUAUCUCGUAGGACAAGUCUCGAACUUACAUCGAGGAGGAGGCUAACUCAAUCUGUGUAAUUUGUCCCGUAUAUAUUUAUUUAUAUUAAAGUUCAUAUGACUAUGAGAAAGUUGAGACCUGGAUUAAUUAAGAUAUCAGAAUAUGAUACAAGAAGAUUUAAUGGCCCUUAUGUUACUAAUCGAACUGGUUAUGUCGCAAACUGUCAAGGGUGAAGAAGACAAUAAAAUGUUAGUCUAAAUUGUGUCGUGAUUUGCUGUUUGCUUCAGUAUUUUUACCAAUAAUAUUUAAAAUCGACUUGUUUUGUUAAUUAUUCGAUAAUCGAUACAUAUCAUUUUAAUAAAUAUAAGGCAACAUUCCAAUAAUUGCACAACACGAACAUGUAAACAUUUGUUACCAAAUCAUCCAAUCAUGAAGCGUCGCGCCAUUUUAGAUCAGCCAAUAAGAUUCCAACCUGUUGUAUUUUUUAUUUUAACCAUUAAGCUUCACUUGUCAAAUGGAAUCAACAAAUCAGGGAAGCUAAUUUUGAAUUUUUAGUCUAUGGUAGUCCUUACAUGAUUGGAGAUUGACCUUACCAAUCGAAGACAUUUAAACGUUUUUCGACAUUUCGUAUGAAACAAGUGGGGAUGACAGUUUUCUUUUUGGCAUAAAAUUUUUAGAAGUUUGUCUUGAUUGAUCCUCCAAGAAACAAACACGAAUGCUCGAGACGAGAGCCGUUGUAAUUAUUAUUAUAAGUGCUAAGAGUUAUUUGUUGAAAUUGAGACUCAAUAAACCAGUAUAUAGUCAAGAAGAGGUAUUAUUUACAAAACUUCAGAAGUACGGAAGCGAGUCCAGACAGCCCACAGGAAAUUAUAAGGUAAUGGAGCGGAGGAAACAUCAGAAAAAAAAAAGGAAAGGUCCUGCAUGUUCACUUUUGCAACACAAUAAGCGAGCAAAUACUAGUAUGAAAUCUAUAACCUCAAUGGAUAGGUGGGAGAUUGAAGAUGUGAGUCAAAAUUCGCCACCAAUUACCCUUAAUAACCAGUCGACGAUGGAGGAAUCUGACAGUGCAUUCUUCCCCGAAGAUGUUAUGAAGUUGCUUAUUAACUUCCAGAAGAAAAAGGCACAUUCUAGUAAUCUUCAUAACAAUCAGCUAAAUAACGUUAUACCGGAGUUUGAUCCAUAAAAUAAAAUGCAGUCUGUGAAUAGUUGGUUAAAUAAAGUUAAUGAAUGUACCGUCAUAUAUGAAUGGAACGAGAAGCAAACCAUACAUUUUGUUUUACAAAAACUUGCUGGCCAGGCAAAAAAAAAAAAUGGUACGAAUCACUUCAGACAGUUGUAUAGGAAUGGCAGUUCAAAAUUAAAAAGGCUUUUCUCAAUGAGCAAAAUUAUGGUCGGCUACUCGAAGAAAUGUUAGCACGUACUACUAGGAUAAGCGAGAGUUUUUUGCGAUUAUUUUUAUGACAAGCUUAGUCUUAUAAAUCGAUGUAAUAUCGUAGGAAAGAAUGCAGUAGAUUGCGUUAUACACGGAAUUACAGACAAGUCUAUUAGAAAUAGUGCACAAGCUUUGAAUUGUAAGGAACCAGAAGACUUACUGGGUUUUCUCAACUCCCAAACAAACAUCCGAGAUACCCUACAUUAAAAGGCGCGAAAUACUUGAUUUAGGUGACCGAGACAACAACAAUCAGUCUACUUUAGAUAAGAAAAAAAAAAUUAUUUGUUUUAAUUGCCGUACAGAAGGUCAUACAUUUCAAAAAUGUACAAAACCCUUAAUUAAAUGUCAAAAAUGUAACAGAGUCGGCCAUAACGAUUCGACUUGCCGAAUAAAUCCAUGAAUGUAGUCUGAUGCGAGACUCUGAUGCAAAUAAGUUAUCUUUAGCUUGAAUAAACACUGAACUUCCCCUUAUAAAAGGAUUUGGCAACUUGACGGUAGUUCCCAAAUACAAAAGUUUAUAUACAUAGUUAAAGCUGGACGACAUAGGUCACCCGGGAAUAACAAAAACAGUUGAGAAAGUCCAAAGUCAAUUCUGGUUUCCUAAACUACGCCAUUUAGUACAAAAGUAUGUGAAAUCAUGUAUUGAAUGUGCAUACGAUAAAGACGAGGCGUGUCAUAAGAAAACUGACCACUUAUUUCCAAUUGAAAAGGUCAGCAAACCAUUUCAUACAAUACAUAUAGACCAUCUUGGCCCAUUCACCAAAAAAAAAAAAAAAAGGUUCUACUUAUGUGCUCACGAUUGUAGACAGAUUUACAAAAUAC